AUGGAUAUUGCAGGACGGGGGGGCGGAUUGGUCAUUGUUGCAGGUAGUGGAGGAUACGGUGAAGCAGACGAACUAGACAUUAUUGCUAAGUGUGGAGCAACUGCACUAUUCAAAGGAAUGGCUCGGCUCCGAGAGGACACAGAAUUAGAAGUAGUGGUAGUAUUUGUCAUUAACGGUGGUAUAGCAGUAAAAUUUUACGAAUAA